GACAGUAUUCUAUAAAUUUGACACAUAUGUAAUGUAUUGAUAAUAUUGAUAUUCAUUAUAUACACCUUUCAUCCAAUAGAAAAUAUAAUUUGCGAUUAAAGAUGGAUGCAAGGUUGACUUUCCAUUGAAUGUGCAAUACAAAGUGUGAGAAUCUAAAAUGGCAAUUACUCCGCCCAAUAUUUGCAAUCGUGAAGAAACGACCUUGCAAGACAUAGCUGUUGACAAUAAUCUGCCCAGUCCCCAAUCUCUUGCUACUACUUCGUCCUCCGAAGACAUUCCGCCCCCAAAGGUUGAUUAUUAUGCCCCACCGCCAUAUGAGGUGGCUACUAAAGAGACAAAGUUGCCAACAUAUGAAGAAGUGCAAAGAGAAAAGAAUUUAGAGGGACAGGAUAUUCCUAUUCCAAUAAAUUCUCCAAGUACGAGAGCAUUACCCUUUCGUCAACCAGGGCAAAGAAUUAUAACAAUUGAUGCCGAUAUAAAUGAAGAGGUGGAUACAUCUCUACUAGGAACCGACUUCAUGUUUUAUAUAGCCUUUUUUGGUGAAUUCAUAAAAUGUUGCAAAUAUGCAGAAGAGUUUCUAGGUAUUCUGUUGAAAGGACUCAAUGUUGAAAUUUUGGAGUUGGUUAAAUGUUGCACUGAAGAUGAAAAACCUCCUGUUGAUUCAGCAACGGGCAAUGAUUCAAGAACCAAAAGAACAGACUUCCAGUACAUGAUAAGCGAAAUAUUUGGCGGGCAACUGAAGUCGAGCAUACAUCAUGCUGGAGAUCACAUUAAUGAGAAUAUCUAG